AUGGGGCGUUCAGAUGAGUUCCACUGGGUGACAGACGCAGAGCCGCACUCCACACGGCGGCGAGCGAUCCUCAGCAAAUAUGGAGAAAAAGUGCGGGCGUUGUAUGGCUACGACCGCAGCACCGCCGUUCAGGUGAUGGCAGUCAUGGCCCUGCAAGUAGUGAUGGCCUAUGCAGUGAAGGACCUGUCGUGGUGGAAGGUGGUGGUGGCGGCCUAUGUGGUGGGAGGGACGGCAUCGCAGAACCUGUUCUGCGCGCAGCACGAGCUGAGCCACUUUUUGGCUUUCCGCACGCCCCUUUACAACCGCAUCCUCUCCCUGGCCUCCAACUGCCCCCUCGUGGUGCCCAUGGCCACCGCCUUCAGGAAGUACCACCAGGAGCACCACUCUCACCUGGGAGUCGAUGGAUGGGAUGUGGAUCUGCCGACAGCGCUGGAGGCGAAUAUCAUCACCAGCUUUGUGGCCAAGCUGCUCUGGGUGUUUGUCUACAUUGGGGUGUACGGUCUGCGCCCAGUCAUCAUCCGCCCCAAACCCAUUGGCAUGGCUGACGUGGUGAACCUGGGGUUGGUGCUGGGCUUUGACGCGGCGGUGCUCUACUUCCUGGGCAUCAAGGCAAUGAUGUACCUGCUGGUGGGGGUCAUCGUGGGGGGCGGACUGCACCCCAUGGCCGGCCACCUCAUCGCCGAGCACUACAUGUUCCUCAAGAGCCAGGAGACAUACAGCUACUAUGGCCCCCUCAACGCGCUGACCUACAAUGUUGGCUACCAUAACGAGCACCAUGACUUCCCCCAGAUUCCCCACACCCGCCUGCACAAGCUGACGGCGAUAGCUCCUGAAUACUACGAGACGCUGGCGUUCCACAAGUCGUGGACGUGGGUCAUCUGGAAGUUCCUGUCCGACCCGGACGUCGGCCCCUGGACGCGCUGCCGCCGCGCCACCCGCGAAGCCCCCUCCGACAAAGCCGCCGCCCAGGUGCUGCCCCUCCUCUCUGGCUCAGUUUUCAAUGUUCAUUAG